GUUGUUUGGUCUGACAAUAUGAGCACAUACGUUCCGACCAAAAAACAUUGACAACCUGAGAAGAUUUUAUUUAAACACACAUUUUAGGAAAUACUCUUGAUAUUUAGAUAUUUUUUUAAAAUAAUCAAAGCCCUUAGGUCCGAACAUGUUUAAAAAAUUUGAUGAAAAAGAAAGCGUAUCGGGGGUACAACAGCUUAAAUCUUCUGUACAAAAAGGAAUCCGAACCAAGUUACUUGAGCAAUUUCCACAUAUUGAACAGUAUGUUGAUGUUAUAGUACCGAAGAAGGACGCUUUUAGAAUUAUAAAAUGUCACGAUCACAUCGAAAUUCUCGUCAAUGGCAACGGUGAUCAUCUCUUUUUCCGUCAAAGGGAUGGACCGUGGAUGCCGUCAUUGAGACUGCUGCAUAAAUAUCCAUUUUUCUUACCCAUGGAACAAGUGGACAAGGGAGCCAUACGUUUUGUGUUGAGCGGAGCGAAUAUUAUGUGUCCAGGUCUCACUUCACCCGGUGCAUGUAUGACACCAGCGGAAAAGGGUACCAUCGUGGCUAUCAUGGCUGAAGGUAAACAGCAUGCGUUGGCAAUAGGAACUACGUGUCUUUCAACGGAUGAUAUAUUAAAAGUUAACAAGGGUGUUGGUGUGGAAAAUUGUCAUUACCUGAACGAUGGUUUAUGGCAAAUGAAACCGUGUAAAUAAAUGAUUCAAUAAAAUAUUUAUGGUCCCUGAUGUCUUGACGGACUUGCAUGACGAA